AAAAAAAAAAAAAAAAGACCCUUAUCCUUCAUACACCUAAAAAGCAAUCAACCUUGCAUCCUUCUCAAGCAAUCACUCCUCUCUACUUAUUAUUAUUACACUAUAUAUAUCUAUAUAUAUACAUAUAGGUUGGGCUAAAUUUCGACUCGGGAAGAAGAAGAAGAAGAAGAAGAAGCUAUGGCAGAAGCCCUUUUAUACGGCGAGAGAGAAGCUCGAAUCAUGGCGGCAAGAGAAAUCGGCAAUCUCAACACUAAGCAGAAGCAAAGAUUAGCCGAUAAUGGAGUCAUUUCUCCAUUGGUUUCGAUGCUUCAUGGCGAAGAUUAUGACUCCAUUGUGGCUGCUCUGUUUGCUCUGCUCAAUCUUGCCUUUGGAAGUGAAAGGAACAAACGAUGUAUAGCGAAAGCAGGGGCGAUUGCAGCCAUAGUAAAGAUUCUGAUCCAAUUCAAGAACAAUGAGUCUUUAAUGGAAAUGGGAUUGGCUGCACUUUUGAUACUCUCUUCUUGCUCGAUGAAUAAACCCGAAAUCGCGUCUUCCGGUGCGGUUCAGCUUCUCUUGGAAUUACUGGACUCGGAGUUUCCAAUAGGGCAAAGCAUUAGCCAUCAGGUGAAAUUCGAUAUCAUAUCCACACUUCACAACCUAUCAACUUCACCACAAACAAUCCCAUCGAUUCUCCUCUCCGGCGGAUUAAUCACUUUGAUCCAAUUGAUUUACGAGUACGACAACUCGUCCGAUUUGGUGGAGAAGGCAAUGGCCUUGCUGGAGUCGAUUGUAUCUUCGUCCGAAGUCGCCUUGAGUCAGGUUUGUGAAGUUGGGGGUGUGAUAAGGAUGUUGGUGGAGGCGGUGGAGGAGGGGACGGCGGCGUGCAGAGAAUACGCCGCCGGGAUACUGGUGCUUAUAUGCAGAAGGUGCAGAGAGAGGUACAGGGUGAUGAUUCUGAAGGAAGGGGCGAUGCCGGGGGUGAUGCAUUUGAGCGUUGACGGCACGUGGCGAGCUAGAGAGAAGGCUAAAGCUUUGCUUUUGCUGCUUAGAGACUGCAACAAUGGCGGCGGCGGUGGAUCUUCUUCUUCGUCUUCUUCGACGGAGAGGGUUCAGUUUUCGAAGAAUGUGGCUUUGGAAGAGGUAAUGAGAGAGAUUGAUAGAGGGGGAAGGAGUGGAACUUGUGUUCGGAUGGUGGAGGAGAUGAUCGCCAAACUUAGAACAUGAAUACAUGAUAUGUAUGUUUCAUUAGUUAUAUAUCAUGCUCUCUUUUUAUUCUUUUUCUUUUUUUUUUUUUUUUUUUGCUUGUCUAGAUGUCCUAUCAUUAGAUGUUGUGUAGAGGGUGUGGAUAUACUUGUUUGAAUGGAUUUUUUUUUUUUUUUU